AUGGGCUCGCGUCUGUUCACGGCGUGGUCGCGAGGGGUUGUUAUUUCGGGGGCCUUGCUCUUCAGCGUCUUCAUCUUGUUCUUUGGCUCGACAUCAUCAUCCCGGCCGUACAACGAAGUUGUUGGGGGCUCGGUAGUCCCGUCGCCUCCCGCAACAUCGACUCGAGGACCUGUGGUUCCCGGAGGCACUUUGGAACGCCCAGAAUCCAAGUACGCAUACGUCGUGUACCUGGCACCCACCGAAAAGGAGGAUGCUGGCGAGGAAGACACCGAAGACAACGUCUAUCUCACGUCCGUACGUCUCCUUACGUACCAACUCCUACAUGAUCCCGAGACACGAACCAACAGCUCGAUUCCCAUCGUCGUCCUGGUAUCACCGCAAGUCUCACAGUCGAAACGGCGCUUUAUGGAGAGCGAGGGUGCCUGGGUUGCCGAAUUCCCCUCGAUCGAGCUGGAGACGGUCAAGCCGGACCGGCCCCGCUGGAAACACGCCAUGGAUAAAAUGAACGUGUUCCGCCUCACGCAAUUCGAGAAGGUCCUGCUGCUGGACCUGGAUAUUGUCCUCUUCAAGCCCCUCGACGCCAUCUUCGAGGAGCCCGAGACAGACAUCCAGACCAACCUCGACAUGGAGAACCAGACGAAGGCCGACGAAGGGCCACAACCCCAACGCUAUCUCCUGGCAGCUGACUCGUCGCCCAUCGGCAGCGACAAGCACCCGUGGCCGGCACCGCGCUCCAAGGCCCUCAACGCGGGAUUUAUGGUGCUUCGCCCGUCCGAGGAGAUGCUGGCGCACUAUCUCAAAAUCGGGGCCAUUGAGGGCCGGACCCCGAUGCUGGCGCCCGAGAACAAUCUGCUCGAAUACGUCCACCGGCCUGACGGCAACAUGCCCUACUCCCAGCUCCGACAUUACUGGGUCAUGAAUCACCCGGUCUUCGACGACUACAAACACGGUAUCGCGGCCGUUCAUGAGAAAUGGUGGCGCAAUAGUAUGACCGACCACAAGUUGAAGGAAAUGUUGCUGAAGCCGCGAUGGAAGAUGGAGGGCUACUGGAGUCGAUGA